AUGAUGAAUAAACACUCUCUCUUUCACAUCUCUAUCUCAAUAUCAACAAAAUUAAUUCUAAAUAUUAACAAGAAAACAGUAAAUUUGUUCAGCUAGUAACUGAUCUGUAAUAGGAACUCUCUAAUUAUCUAUAAGGGGAGACGUUAUAGUUUUUCAUGGGCGAAGAAUCCAGAUAAUAGAGAUGGCAUGGUGCAGUGAAUCUCCGGGCAGGGACGAACAUGCCCUGGUGACAAUGGGAAGAAACCAAACUCUAACCUGUCCUUCUUGUAACCAUAGCAUACCACUCCAAGAUCAGGUGGGAGUUCAACAUCUGCCAGGACUACCAGCUGGAGUGAAAUUCGAUCCAUCUGAUCAAGUGAUUCUUGAGCAUUUAGAAGCAAAGGUGUUACAUGAGAGUCAGAAGCUUCAUCCUCUAAUUGAUAAAUUUAUUCCGACCCUUGAAGGAGAAAAUGGAAUCUGUAAUACCCAUCCUGAUAAAUUACCAGGAGUGAACAAAGAUGGUCAAAUUCGACACUUCUUUCACCGGCCACUGAAAGCAUACACAACAGGGACUCGAAAACGAAGAAAAGUGCACACAGAUGAAGAGGGUGGAGAAACAAGGUGGCACAAAACAGGAAAGACAAGACCGGUUUUCGUGGAUGGAGUUUUGAAAGGUUUCAAGAAAAUACUAGUACUUUACACAAACUACGGGAGACAAAAGAAGCCGGAAAAGACUAAUUGGGUGAUGCAUCAAUAUCAUCUUGGUGAUAAUGAGGAGGAGAAAGAUGGAGAGUUAGUUGUUUCUAAAGUUUUUUACCAAACACAACCUAGACAAUGCCCAGGCUCAAGUGUUAAAGCCACUGAUAACGAGUCACCAAGCCGUUUAAUUAGGCAAGAUCUUGAUCAUGAUUUCUCGAUGAAGAACUCGGGUUUGAUCGAGUUUUAUAACCCUAGUUUCAUCUCUUACAAUAACAAUGUUGGAGGCCAAAAUAGAGAAAUGGUCCAGCCUCAGUUGAUACCAAACUUAACUCGUAAUAAUCUUCAAAUAGGUGCAAAUUACAAAGUUGGAGAUGCAGGUAGCAGCUAACAAGGACUCCUUGAACGUACAAGAUCACUACAAGGUAAAACGUAUAUGUUUGUUUGGUGGUUAAGUGCUUUUCUUUAGUUUUUGUAUUCGGUAAUGUAUAAAGGAAGGGAAACAUAAUUACCCGACUUGCAUGACUAAUGUAAUAUAACAGUAGCAAUAACCAUGCAUGUGUUCACCGUGAAUUAAUUGUAUGUAUAAUUUCAUUUUUUUACUUGAU